AUGACUGGACGCGGAAAGGGCGGAAAGGGUCUCGGCAAGGGUGGAGCCAAGCGUCACCGCAAGAUUCUUCGUGACAACAUCCAGGGUAUCACAAAGCCUGCUAUCAGACGUCUCGCUCGUCGUGGUGGUGUCAAGCGUAUUUCAGCCAUGAUCUACGAAGAGACCCGUGGUGUUCUCAAGACUUUCCUCGAGGGUGUCAUCCGUGAUGCAGUCACAUAUACGGAGCACGCAAAGAGAAAGACAGUUACGUCCCUCGACGUUGUCUACGCACUCAAGAGACAAGGCCGCACCCUUUACGGUUUCGGAGGUUAA